CAACAAACAACAAAUACUGUAGAGGAGCCGCUUGAUCUCAUCAGGCUCAGUCUCGAUGAGCGAAUCUAUGUCAAAAUGAGGAAUGACAGAGAGCUUAGAGGCAGACUACAUGCAUAUGAUCAGCACUUAAAUAUGAUCUUGGGUGAUGUGGAAGAAACUGUAACUACAAUAGAGAUUGAUGAAGAAACCUAUGAAGAGAUUUAUAAGUCUACCAAAAGGAAUAUUCCGAUGCUCUUUGUCAGAGGUGACGGCGUUGUGCUUGUAGCUCCCCCAUUGAGGGUUGGUUGAAGCAACAGAGGAGUUAACCUUGUUGGAAAGUUUCAGGCUUUUGGACAAUGGUUCGUGUUUUGAUC